AUGGAUCAAAACACGGAUGCAGCAAAACAAGCUCCAGAAUUACCAGCUUAUCCACAUGGCGGACUUGAUGGAAAUGCUCAAUCAUCUCAGUUAAAUUCGUUUUUGAAUCACCCUUCAUACGCCUUAGGAAAUAGGUUUUAUAACAACCCAGGGUAUAUGGGGUUAAACUACGGGAACUAUCCUGGGUUCAACUCGUUUUUACCUUCCUAUAAUGGCAUCUCUCCUUUAGAAUCUAACGGACCUGCGACUGAACCCAUCUCCGCUUUAAGGACUAUAGAAGGAAUCGUCAGCUCCGUCGGUAGUAUUGCUCAAGUAAUGGAAUCCAGCUUAAUGGCAGCUCAUAUGAGCUAUAAUACCUUUGUUUCAGUAAUGGACAAUUUCAAAAAAUUAAGACUGUCGAUCGGCUCUUUAUUCAGUAUUGUUUCUUUAAUAAACCGACUAAAGGUAUUCAUCUAUAAUAUUCUGGGAAUCAAAUCAAAUAAUCCACUAACUAUGAAUAACUAUAAUUCAAUUCGUACUGAAGAAUACAAGCCCUCCUCUAAAAAGUCUAAGCUUCUUUCUGGUCUUUUGUUCGCUUCUCUUUUUGUUUUUCCAUAUGCAAUUAUAAAGAUAUCCAGAAAGAUUUACGAAAAGGAGAAAAUCAUUGCAAAAGAAAAAAAAUCAAAGUCUAUACAAGAACUAGAAUUUUGUAAAGCUGAAUUUGACUUUGCAACAAGGGAACCAACUGUGGAACUCGCUUUAAGGAAAGGAGAUAUCAUUGCUGUUUUGAGUAAAUAUGAUUCAAACGGAGCGACAACUGGUUGGUGGUAUGGAAGAAAACGCAACGGAGAAAAAGGAUGGUUUCCUUCAAAUUAUUGCGCCCUCAUUCCCAUGAAAGGAGCAACAAGGUAG